AUGGCACAUCCACCUGCAGUCCGGAUCUCACAGCUGCUACCGCUGAAGCAGAUCCGCUUCGUCAAUAAUGAGGGACAGCCUCCGCCCAAGAGGAGGAGGAUAAAUGCUGCUUGCCGGACGUGUCGCAAGCGGAAGACGAGAUGCGAUGGGAAGAAGCCCUUGUGCUCGACUUGUACGGAAAAUGGACAUGAGUGCAUGGGCUACGAGGAGGGUAAUGUGAAGAGGGAGUGUAGGGGCAGUGAUGCUGGCAGAAAGAACAAUAAUGAGGAGGACGGGCACGAGGAGGAAGAGGAGGAGCAUGAAGAAAGAGAAAAAUCGGCGGUGGAGAAAGGGCAUGGCCAUCAACAGCAAAGGACACAGGGCAAUUGUCCGGAGCUAGGCGAGGGGGGCGGGAGGACGGUCUCAAAAAAUCAGCGCUAUUUCACGCAAAAGUCACCUAAGCCUAGGCGAAAAAGUAUGAUUGAUAACGGGCAAAGGGGAUACUGCAAAAUCGCGGAUUACAAAGAAAGUGAUGUAUUCUCCGACGAAGAUGAAAGUUCCACUGCCGAACACUCUUCAAAUUCCAGUCUGCAGAACUAUCGAGUACCGUACUUCAGAUACUUCGGCCCGACUGCUAUCGUUCCUGGCUUCAAGCAAGUGGUUGUCUCGGUUCGAGAGCACGGCAGAAGUAUUGGCAGCUCGUCUGUUGCGAUAUCUCCUGGCUCUAAUGGCCCAGGAGGAGGUGGAUCUGCUCGUGGUGGCACAUACUUGCAGCCCGGGGGGGAGACAAGAUCUUCCAUUGAGAUGCCAAUCUACGAUCAGCACGAUCCAUUGCCGGUCAACAGGUUGAUCAUUCACAUUAUCGAAACAUUCUUUACACACCUAGGAUCAAACUACCCUUUCCUUCGACAGAGAUCGUUCAUCCAACGAGUGGAAGAGAAGUCCGUUGAAGCGAUUCUCGUCGAUGCCGUUUGUGCGCUUGCUGCUCGCUUUUCAGACCACCCUCUACUCAUCGGUCAUCAUGAUAAGUCGCUCCCAAAAUCAGAGUAUGGAAAUGCUUUUGCGCAAAGGGCCAAGGCUGCUGUAGUCGACACAUUCCCAUGUCCGACGGUCGCAGCAGUGCAGGCCUGUUUGUUGCUUGCGUAUGAGGGAUUCGGCGCCAAUCAAGACAGUGCGUUGUGGAUGUACCUAGGAUGCGCAAUCCGAAUGGCAGUGGAUUUGGGUCUCCAGAAGCUGGAUGGUGUCAAACACCAGGGCCCGAAAGAUUCCGGUUAUCACCGAUAUGGCAAUGACUCGGCUAUCUUAGAAACUACUCCUCAGGUCAACCUGCAAGAGAUGAAGGCACUUGAGCAAGAGCGCAUUGACACUUUGUGGGCGGUUUUCAUGCUUGACAGAGUAAUCUCAUCAGGGACGGGAAGAUCCGUCGCGUUAAGAGAUGAAGACUUGGAACUAACGUUUCCUGAAAUCACCCGUGACGGCGGAUGGCCAAAUCCGUUUCCGGCAUUGAUACAGAUUGUUCAUCUCUAUGGACGAGUAACGGAUCUAUUGAAUAAUAUCAGAGAUGCUAAGGAUGUUACGCCGAAGAAGGUUGAGAGUUUGCAAAGCAUGGAGAAGGAUCUGACAGAGCUAUAUCAAAGGUUGGACCAGAAGUUGACGUUUAAUGCCACCAACUUCCAGCACUACGUGAAGUCUGGGGAAGGGACCAAUUUCAUCCUGGUGCACUUCUGGUUUCACACUCUCAUCAUGCUGGUCCAUCAACCAACUCUGAUGCGCUCCUUCGAAGGCCAGAUCCUUUCUCUGCUUCCUCACAGCCGGGAACUCAGUAUGUCUUCUGCCAAGACUAUCGCUGACAUUUUAGCCUUUGCCGAAGUCAUCGAUCCAAGAAGCUUUAUCGGCAACGCUUUUACAUCUCAGCCCAUGUAUAUUGCGGCGUCCGCGUUUCUCAUGGAAACGGCUGCACACACUUCACAGCCUGCUUCCAGAGAUGCUAGUCCCCCACGGAAUGACCGUGGUGUUGAACCCAGCGACCGGAAAGGAAAGAUAACCUCUAGCGAACAGAAGCAGAAGCAGAAACACACUCUGCUUGCUUCAGCCGCCAACCAGAAUUACCAAAAGUGCUACAAAGCACUGCAGCAAUUAGAAACGUACUGGGCAGGAACCAGAUAUCUCCUGGUAGCGCUUGAUCAAAAGGCGAAAGGGAUCUGGGAUCCAGAGACGUUUACUGAACAGGAAUAUGAAAGCACAAAAUUGAAGCCGGACUUGAUGCAUUGGCAAAAGAAGUUGAACACGAAUUUAUCAAAUUCUGGCCGCCUCGCCGACUUACGCUCUUCUCGAUCGGAGCACGUGCCAGGAUCACCAGCUCUUGAUUCAUCGCAAGCCAUCGGAUGGUCAUUGACCGGAACAACCAAUUCUCCAAACUCGAACCUCACAUUCAUGUACCAACAAAUGGAAAAUACCCCUCCGCAACCUCCGCCUCCGCCAUCAACCGGUAAUAUGAUUUACGACCCUAUUCGACAAAGUUUGCCAGAGGCUACAGCUUCAUCGACUUCCGCGUCCAAUUACACCUCUCAAUACUCCUCUUCUGCUCCACCGCGAUCGCAAACCUUGAAGCGGAUAGUGCCUCUCCCUACCAAAUACUCUGCGGAGACGGCAGAUCAUGCUUCAACCUCAGAUGCGGAGAUGCUUCUCGGAUUACAAAAUCCUUACUCACACGGCACACCGACCCCGUACCAGUCUUACAACAAUACCCCACGAGGCAUGAGAUCUCCUCACGACAUGCGGUGUGAUUCCGCCUCUUAUGACUUCUCGCAAGGUGGUAACGUCGGAGACAUGAUGCUGGAGAGUCAGGAAAUCGACGUGUCGUCACUGGGCGGAGAAAUUAUGCCCUGGUUGGAAUACCUGCCCCAGGAUAUGCUGAACUUUUUUGACAAUAGUGGCAGCAGUGUGGGGAUAUCUAAUGGCAGCAAUAACAUUGAAAUGGACGGUGUGAGCACUGGCGGCAGCACAUGA